AAGGAGACUCAGCAGGACUACACAACCGUAAUCCCAGAGGAAAAGUUAAUUAAGCCUUAACUGCUGAAAAUGGAGUAAAAACAGGCGAGAAAAUCUGAAUGAUCAACUUUUAGAGAAGUUUGUUCUCACCUCUAGUUUUUUUCCCGCUUUUCUGCUGCGAAAUUGGAUGGAUUAAUUAAGUUUUAUAUCAAUUUGGACUACUGUGUAGUACUGUGGGCUUUUUUCCCCCCACGAUGGAUUUAAUCAUUGCCAGACGAACUGGAGUUUUACUCAUUAUUUUCACAUUUUUAAGUCUCUUGUGUGGCUCCAGUGGGGAAAUCCCAGCAAAACCAACCGGCACUGUCACGAUCCUGCCCCCGGUCAAGCCCGACAAUGGCCCCCAGGCCUUUCCAGACGCGGAAAAGGCGAAUUUACCAGUGUUUACAAUGGAUUACCCAAGAAUACAGAUCCCAUUUGAGAUCACUCUCUGGGUGCUGCUGGCUUCAUUCGCAAAGAUUGGUUUCCAUGUGUACCACAAGAUCACCAUCUGGGUGCCAGAGUCUUGCCUCCUGAUCAGCAUUGGACUGAUAGUGGGUGGCAUCAUGCACUCUGUCCAUGAGGAGCCGCCUGCUGUGCUCACCACCAAUGUCUUCUUCCUCUACAUGCUGCCCCCGAUUGUCCUCGACUCGGGCUACUUCAUGCCCACCAGGCCUUUCUUUGAGAACAUUGGCACGGUGUUGUGGUUUGCAGUGGUGGGGACUCUGUGGAACAGCAUUGGCAUCGGCAUGUCUCUGUUUGCCAUUUGCCAGAUUGAAGCGUUUGGCGUGCAGGACAUCAACCUCCAGGAGAACCUGCUGUUCGCCACCAUCAUCUCGGCCGUGGACCCCGUGGCCGUGCUGAGCGUGUUCGAGGAUGUGUCUGUGAACGAGCAGCUCUACAUCGUGGUGUUUGGUGAAUGCCUCUUCAAUGAUGCCGUCACUGUGGUGUUGUACAACAUGUUUAACUUCGUGGCGGAGAUGCCCGUGGUGGAGCCGGUGGAUGUUUUCCUCGGGGUGGCCCGGUUCUUCGUGGUCGGGCUCGGUGGAAUGGGCUUCGGCGUCAUGUUUGGUUUCGUGGCCGCCUUCACCACAAGAUUCACCUCCAAGGUCCGAGAAAUCGAGCCGCUCUUCAUAUUCAUGUACAGCUACCUGGCCUAUCUGGUGGCUGAGCUCUUCGCCAUCUCAUCCAUCAUGGCCAUCGUGACCUGCGCUCUCACCAUGAAGUACUACGUGGAGGAAAAUGUUUCCCAGCGUUCCUGCACAACCAUCCGCCACGUGGUCAAGAUGCUUGGCUCCAUCUCAGAGACGCUCAUCUUCUUCUUCCUGGGAGUUGUCACAAUAACAACGGAGCAUGAGUGGAACACGGGCUACAUCCUGUUCACGCUGCUGUUUGCCUUUAUUUGGAGAGGGCUCGGUGUCUUGGUGCUGACUCAGAUCAUUAACCCUUUCCGCACCAUCCCAUUUAACUUGAAAGAUCAGUUCGGUCUGGCCUACGGUGGCCUGCGAGGUGCUAUUUCCUUCGCCUUGGCCUUCACUCUUCCUGAUACCAUCGGCCGCAAGACGCUUUUUGUCACUGCCACCAUCGUUAUCAUCAUCUUCACUGUGUUUCUACAGGGCAUCAGUAUUCGACCUUUGAUUGAGUUCAUCAACGUGCGCAGAACAAACCGCAAUCUUGACACCAUCAACGUAGAGAUUCACUGCAGGCUCAUGGAGCACACCAUAGCUGGAAUAGAGGACCUCUGUGGACAGUGGAGCCACUUCUACUGGAAAGACAAAUUUAUGAAGUUCAACAAUCGAAUCCUGCGAAGGAUCCUGAUACGAGACAACCGUGCCGAGUCCAGUAUUGUGGCGCUGUAUAAGAAGCUGGAGCUGCAGAACGCCAUGGAGAUCCUGGACACGGUGUCCGGAGACAUCAGCGCUGCUCCAUCCAUUGUCUCUCUCUAUGAGGAAAAGAAAAGCUCUGCUAAACCUAAGAGGAAGUUCAUGGCUGGUGACCUGAAGAACAUGCACGACAUCCUGUCAAAGAACAUGUACAAGAUCAGGCAGCGGACGGUGGCGUACACAACUAAGCACGCCCUGCCCAAUGACAGCCACUCCAGAGAGAUCUUGAUAAGACGCCACGCCAGCAUCCGCCGCAGCCUCCGACCAGGCAGCUUUCAGUCAUCGGUGGUGCCCAAAUCCCACAAAUAUUUCUCCCUUCCUGCUGGAAAGAGUCUGGACUCAAAAUUCCCUCCUGCAAGGCACAGCUAUACAGAUGAUCAGGAAACCAUGUCGGAGGUUGCCUACCCCUCCAGACGCUCUCGGUUUGGCCAGCCGGCACGCUCCUCCUCCAGAGCCAUGAUGCCUCUGCGCAGGCUGGACACACUGACGGAGGCGCCCUCCGUUGACGUGCUGAAUGAAAGCUCAGGGGAGGAGCGGGGCGGUUCGGGCCGUGGCAUGUCCAGGAAAAAAUCCUCCUCUAGUGACUCCCACAUUCCUGCUCCUCACCGUCGUCUCCACUCCUCCGGCGGCAGUGACAGCGGCUCAGCUGAUAACUUCAGAAACGUGCAUCGUGAAGGAGAAGAGGAGCAGCAGCCUUCGUCUCCACCUCCAGCCUGGGCAGCUGAACCCAGAGACGACGCGACACGAAACCCUCUGCUCAGAAGGCCUCAGUGGAACCCAAAGAAGAUAUAAAAGUUUCCCUGGGCUUUCAGGAGCAGCUGGACUGCCACAGAUUGAGACUCAGGUUCUCAAGCAGAUCCAGGGUCUCUACAUAGGACCAAAUAAACACUGGAGGUCCAUUAAUCUCUUAUUAGAGGUGAAUCACCCUCCGAAGUGAGGGAGCUGUAUAUGAACUGUGAGUCAUUCUGAGCAUUUUUAUCCGUUUAGUUCUUUCAUCCAUUCACAUCAAUGUGAUUUUAAAUACUUAUCCUUUGCGAAAGGUUUUUAAUGACGAUGUCAUUUAACUAUUUUAUUUUUUAGUAAUUAUUUCUCUUAUAUUAGAUGUAAAUAUUGUGUUUUUUUGUACUUUAUUCUGUGUGUGUGUGUGUGUGUGUGUGUGUGUGUGUGUGUGUGUGUGUGUGUGUGUGUGUGUGUGUGUGUGUGUGUGUGUGUGUGUGUGUGUGUGUGUGUGUGUGUGUGUGUGUGUGUGUGUGUGUGUGUGUGUGUGUGUGUGUGUGUGUGUGUGUGUGUGUGUGUGUGUGUGUGUGUGUGUGUAUGUGUGUAUGUGUGUGAGAGAGACAGUUGUGAAGAUGCAAGUUUUGUAUAAAGGCCAAAUUAGUUUAACAUGAGGAACUAUUGCUGUGCAGUACAAAGUACUCUUGGAAAACACUGGAGGCCUUCUGUAUGUCUGUUACACUGAUGGGACAUCACAAAUCUGGGCCCACUUAAUCUAUUUUUUUUUCUUUUUCUGUAAUAAAUUUUCUAUGUUGUUGAAACCA